AUGGCAAACCCCACUCUGGUCAUUGUUCCCGGCUCCUUCGCCCCAGCCAAGAUGUACGAUGGCUUUGUCGAGACUCUCAAGGGUCAUGACAUCAAGACCGUCGUCGUCAGCACCCCUUCAGUGGGCAGAAAAGAGGGUCGCCCGCCUGCCACCAUGAGCGACGAUGCUCAAGAGAUCAGCAACGUUGUUUCCAAGCUGCUUGAUGAGGGGCAGGACGUCGUACUGAUGACGCACUCAUACGGUGGUAUCCCUGGAACUGAGAGUCUGAAAAACAUCUCGAAAAAGGCUCGCGAAGCGGAGGGCAAGAAGGGAGGAAUCGAGAAGCUUGUUUAUCUGACCUCGAUGGUUUUGCAGCCUGGUACAAGUAACCUUGAGGCUUUUGGAGGAGCCCUGCCUGAUUUCUUAACCAUGGAGGAUGAUUACAUGUCCCUCGAUGCCGAAGUCAAUGCUUCGCUAACAUUUUCGGAUCUUCCUGCUGAUCAAGCGCUGGAACUGGCCAAGAAGAUGGAAGAUCACUCGACUCCAAGCUUCAAGGAAAAGUUGACAUACCCUGGUUACAACGACGUGGAGGUACACUAUAUCGUCUGUGAACAAGACCAUAUUAUCCCCCCCGCUUUCCAGCGUCUUAUGAUUGAAGGCAUCAAGGUCUCAACUCAACGCGAUGUCACAAUCCACACCCUGGAGAGUGGCCACGUACCUAUCACUAGUCAACCUGAGAACAUGGCGAAGAUUGUUGAGAAGGUAUUCAAGGCUUAG